UUCAGCUCAGCUCCUGCACUGGCUGGCCCCUGGCCAACUCAACUCGGAGUGGGUUGGCUCCUCUUCCUCCAUCUCCCCUCCCUUCUUUUCCAAACUCAGAUACGCACACACGAGCCAUCUACGCGCGAGCAAAGAGAAAGACGAAUGAGAAAAAGGGACAUUUUGGGAUAAACUGUGUUUGUUGAAGAAAGGGCUUCUCGUCGCAGGAUAUUCUUUUUCAGAUGGUCUUCGGUUACUUAUACGUCUUUUGUAAACUUUUCAAAAUGUGUCACGUUCUUAACAAGUCACUUUUAAGCAGCGGUGAGACGUAAAUAGUUGUUUAUUGUAAACGUAGACGGGAACAGUUAGGCUAAUACCAUUUCGCAGAAUCUCUUUUCAAAUACUGGUCAUUUAAGUUAAUUUUCCCCCAAUUAUCUUCGAAGUAGAAUAACACGUUAGUUUUGCUCUUGCGUGUUGCUUUGUUGUUGUUUGUUUGUGCUUUCCCCACUCGUGGAUCUGGCAAGGUUCAGCUACCUUGUGACUCCGUGAAUGCCCCGUUUUCUCUCGGUACAACGGUGAAGGAUGCCAGAAUGCCUUCGCUGAUCAUCUUCCAUCUGCUCGUCAUCUGGCUAGCUGUCCAGAGGUUGGCCCUUUGCGCCGAGCGCGCUUCGACUCGGGAGCGCUUCAAAGUGGUCAUCGCUCCACUGAUCUGCAAAAGGACAUGUCAACGGACGGGUCAGUGUCAAGACACCUGCGAGCAGGGCAACAACACCACCCUGAUUGGAGAGAACGGACAGUCUGCUGACACCCUCACUGGCCGGGGUUUCAGAGUUGUGGUGUGCCCUCUGACAUGUCUGAACGGGGGUAUGUGUGCAUCGCGUACACACUGCCACUGCCCGCAGGGCUUCACGGGCCGCCUGUGCCAGUACCCCGUGCUGAACAUGUCGGCGCGUGGCAACCAGCCGCCCGCCCUGCUGCCCGUGGGCGGAGUCGGGGCCACGGCGGGGGGAGGGGCCGGCAGCGAAGGCCAGAGCAUGAUGGACCUGGGCGGGCGUCAUCAAAUGACGCAGACCCACACCGUCCUCACCCUCCCACUGCUGCAGGGCACCGGGCACCACUCAUCUGAAGUGCACGUUCGUGUCCACCACCCAACAGACACGUCGGUCAUCAUCCAGCCUCUGGAUCAGCCAGAUGGAAAGCCUCCUAAGACUGUGACACGCCUCCCCCCUCCCACACACAAGCCUAGGGGGCGCUGUUUUCAGGAGACAACUCCCAAACAAGCUUGUAGCAGUAACCCUUUGCCCGUGCUGACCAAUCAGGAGGACUGCUGUGGAAGUGUGGGCAACUCAUGGGGCCAGAACAAGUGUUACCAGUGCCCCAAACUACCAUAUCCUGGAUUAAAACUCCAGUCUAUCAUUGAGGACUAUGGUCCCAACUGCCCCCAGGGCUACAAACGACUCAACAGCACUCACUGUCAAGACAUAAACGAGUGCACCAUGCAUGGCGUGUGUCAGAACGGAGAGUGUCUGAACACGCAGGGCUCGUUCCGCUGCACCUGUAAGCCGGGCUACACGCUGGACCGGACGCGCUGCGUGGGUAAGACAGAGUUGGGGAGGUGUUACCGCAUGGUGACCGAGUCAGGAAAGUGUGAGCACGCUCUGAAUGGGGACAUCUCGCUAGAGAUCUGCUGCUGUACCACAGUGGGCAAAGCCUGGGGCAGCUCCUGCCAGAGAUGCCCGCAGGCUGGCACAGCCUCCUUUAAUAAGAUCUGUCCAGCUGGAAAGGGGAUGUCCUAUGUGACCAUUCAGGGCCGGUUUCCGUUUCCAUUCCCUCCCCAUUACCCUCCAAUGCCAAAGCCUGAUAUUCCAGAAGUCAAGCCUCCAGCGAACCCUGUCCAGACGACCACACCUGUGCACCAUGCCCCUAUUAGCACACCCCGUGUCCCCUCUAUCAUCACGAAACCCACACCCAACCCCAUCGUCAAAGUGGACCCAACACACUCAUCCUGGGAGGUUAAAACGCAGGUCUCACAUAUGGACAUGUGUGCACAGGGCAGGAAUAUCUGUGGGCAGGGCAAGUGCAUCACUCGCUCCAAUGACUACGAGUGUCUUUGCAACCAUGGCUUCUACUUCGACACGCAAAAGGGAGGUUGUGUGGAUGUGAAUGAAUGUGAGUCUGAGCCAUGUGGUCACAAAAGAGGGACCUGCCAUAACACAUUGGGCUCGUACCAGUGCCGCUGUCUACCAGGCUUCAAGGCUAUGUCCCAGGGGAAGCUCAGAUGUGUAGAUAUAAAUGAAUGUUCUAAGCCUGACAUAUGUGGACCUGAAGGUCAGUGUAUAAACUUGCCAGGCUCCUAUAAGUGUGAUUGCUUGCCGGGGUAUGCUAGCAAGUCCCGUCGCCAACCUGCUUGUGAAGACAUUAAUGAGUGCCUGGACCCCAGUAGUUGCCCGAAUGAGCAGUGUGAGAAUAUACCUGGAUCCUACGAGUGUGUGCCCUGUCAGCCAGGAUACAUGGCUCAGGGAGGAGUCUGCUAUGAUGUGAAUGAGUGCCAGAGAAGAGGUGUGUGUCUAAAUGGUCGCUGUGACAACCUCCCAGGGACGUACCGCUGCCUCUGCAACGAGGGUUUCCUGCCCGAGGCCGACAGCAAGGGCUGCCGCGACAUCAAUGAGUGUGAGGACCGCCGCUUGUGUGCUAACGGCCACUGCCUGAACACAGAGGGCUCCUUCCAGUGCCAGUGUUACCCUGGUUACCAGCCCACCCAGGAGGGCAGCCACUGUGAGGACAUUAACGAAUGCGAGAGGGCAGCUAACUGCCAGAGAGGCCGCUGCAUCAACAUCCUGGGCUCAUACCGUUGUGAGUGUGAGAAGGGCUUCAUUCUUCGUGGACGCAGGUGUGAAGAUAUAAACGAGUGUGAUGUGGACCGGAGUCUGUGCCAGCCCUUUGGCAUGUGUGAGAACAGACAGGGCUCCUAUGUGUGUGUGUGCAAUCAGGGAUACACUCUGUCUGAGGACAAACACAGCUGUGAAGCCAUCGAGAUCAACCUCGACAACAAGAAGGAGUGCUAUCUGAACCUGGAUGACACAGUGUUCUGUGACAGCGUCCUAGCAACCAAUGUCACCAAACAGGAGUGUUGCUGUUCCAUCGGUGUGGGAUGGGGCGACCACUGUGAAAUCUACCCGUGCCCAGUGUCUCAUUCAGCUGAGUUCCAUUCACUGUGUCCCGUGGGUCGAGGCUUUUACCAUGAGGAGGGCAUGACUGAGUACGGACUCUCUGUACACAGAGAUAUUGAUGAGUGUGUGUUGUUUGCUGAUGAGAUCUGUAAGGAAGGCCGUUGCAUGAACACACAGCCAGGCUAUGAGUGUUACUGUCAGCAGGGAUUCUACUACGAUGGCAAUCUCCUCGAGUGCAUAGAUGUGGAUGAGUGUCAUGAUGAGUCCCUCUGCAGAAAUGGACGCUGUGUUAACACACGAGGGUCAUUCUACUGCAACUGCAACCGCCCUUAUGCCCCGGACGCCAGCAACAAGAAGUGUGUGAUCCCAACAGUCACAGGUGUGAAUGAGUGCCAGGAUCCUGCCAACUGUAAGAGCGGCCAGUGUGUGGACACUCAGGACUCUUACUACUGCAUCUGCACUCCACCAUGGAUCCUGGCCACCGACCGCAACAGCUGUGUCACACCAGAGGAGCAGGCCGUAACGGGUCUGUCUGUGGUGCCCCUUGCAGAUGUAGACGAGUGCCAGGACCCCUCGUACUGCAAGAACGGACGGUGUGAGAACACGCCCGGCUCCUUUCACUGUAUAUGCAAUCAGCCGCUCACCUUCAGCGCUGCGCUCAAACAGUGCGUCUUCGACGAUCGGACGGCGGCCCAUAAGGACGUGUGCUUCCAGGAAGUGGACGAGGGGCUGAUCUGCAGCGUGCCCCGCAGUGGACACGUGGUCACCUACUCCGAGUGCUGCUGCCACUAUGGCCGCGGCUGGGGGCCUGAGUGCCGCACCUGCCCCCGUAGGAACUCAGUGCUCUUUAAUCGGCUGUGUGAGAUGCACUUGGACACAGAGUCUGAUGGGGAAGGGGACUUCCAGGCUGUUUUUGCAAACUACAACCCAGGUGGAGACAGCUCCGAGGAGGACUCAGAUGAGUGUAGCUGUGCCAACGGCCGCUGUGUGCGCUCCUACCUGGGCACCAUGUGUGAGUGCAACCCAGGCUUCCGGCGGGACCACUCACGCACGCGCUGCAUUGACAUUGAUGAGUGUGCAGAGAGAGGCCGUGUGAACCCAUGUAAGAAUGCACGUUGUGUCAACACCAGAGGGUCCUUCAAGUGCUACUGCAAACAAGGCUUUGUGCCCGCCACACGGAGACCCAACGUGUGUGUGCGACCGAGGGCCUUAUAACAUCACCUCACACACGCACACACACACACACACACACACACACACACUCACUCACAUACAUACACAUUCACACACACGCAUAC